CGGAGGCCAUCAAAAGCCUCCUUCCUCAACAAGGUCCUUCUAAAUCCCAAGUACUUGCUGUCGUUACUCUCUUCCCUGUCGGUGGGGCCCUCCUUUGCCUCGCCGGACUAACCCUCGUCGGAACCCUGAUCGGUCUUGCUGUAGCCACGCCAGUUUUCCUCCUCUUCAGCCCCGUUUUGGUGCCGGCAGCUCUAACGAUAGCGCUGGCGGUUACGGGGUUUUUGACGUCUGGAGCGUUUGGGAUAACGGCGUUGUCGUCGUUAUCGUGGAUGAUUAAUUACAUGAGGAGAAUGAGGGGAACUGCUGGAGAGCAGAUGGAGCAUGCGAAGCGGAGGGUGCAGGAAACUGCGGGACAAAUGGGGCAGAAAACUGGACAGAAGAUUCAAGAGACUCAAAGAACUCUGUGAUCGAAAAUUGUAGUGAGAUAAAUGGAUGUGGAGUACUGUUAAUUGCCUGUGCUUUUUGAAAUUUCCAUAUGUGCAUUUUUGUAUAGUACUAGUUUUGUUGCUGUGUUUAAUGUUCUCUCUCGUUUUUCUUUUUCAAGUUUGAUGUACUCUUGUAAGUGUUUAUUUAUUUGUUUUUCUAAGUGUAAUAAAAUGUGAGUUUUUGUUUUGGUA